AUGGACCCGUCCGGCCACCUCUCCGCGCCGGACGACCGCGCCGUCGGCGUCAUGGUGCAGGCCCUCAUCGGAGGGGGCGUCGGCGCCGGCGCCGGCGCCCGCGCCCACGCCGUGUCGCCCUCCGGCGCGCCUCCGCCCGACAUCAACCAGCCCUGGCAGACGGACCUCUGCGACAUGCUGGACGUCGGCCUCGGCCCGCAGAUCUACAGCGCCGAGGCCGUGCUCAGCUGCGCUCCCAAGGCCGGGAGCCGGAAGGCCGCCAAGCGCGGGGACACCAUCUGGGGCGCCUGGUUCUUCUUCACCUUCUAUUUCAAGCCCCUGCUGUCCGACAAGUGCAAGGACAAGGUCGUCCGGGACAACACCGGCGUCUCGGGGUUCGACAAGUCGGACCUCCGCCUUGACAUGUUCCUGGUGCAGCACGACAUGGAGAACAUGUACAUGUGGGUGUUCAAGGAGCGGCCGGAGAAUGCUCUCGGAAGAUGCAGCUGA